AUGUUUCAGAUUGAGGAAUGUGGACCUAAGAUUCGUCAAGUUUGGUCGCUUCAACAAGUUGAUGUUAACAGUGUGGAGCCAGCGAUUAGAGCAGAAAUGGAAGGUGGAAAUAUGCGAGAGGAUGCGUCAGAAACAUUUGAGAACAGAGAGCAGUUGAAGAGGGCGCAGACUUCAUUGAAACAGAUGUCUUAUAAUCUAAAGAUGGUGUGCUUAUCUAUUUCCAUUAUUUCAUCCUUGACAAUACAACCAACGUUGCCAGCCACAAGGAGUUUGCUGAUCGUUACAGGACUUAUGACGUCCAAGGAUCCAACUAGACUGGUUUUUUCACUUAGACAUGCAAAACAUUGUCUAAACUAUGCACCGAUUCUGCCAUUAAAAACAUUUAAAGCCCGGAAGGACAGAAGAGUUUUGAAGAAGGCGACAUCAGAGCUGAUGAAGUUUUCAAACCAACGCAGCGGAAGCAGUAGCAAGUAG